AUGGCGUGCCAGUGCCAGGAGAAGCCGUGUGAGCUGACUGCCCUGGAGCUCCACGCGCGGAAGCUCAGCGCGGGGCUUGCAAGGGGCUCCGCAUCCCUGCGGACAAGCCCCUCCUACUGCUUCGAGAUGUACGUCGUCGCUGCCGAGGUUGUGGUCAACAUGACCGAGGUCCUGCCGCACGAGACGCUGCUCCAGAAUGGCUGGGUCAUCCCCUUUGAUGACAGCAUGGGAAAUGCCAUGUUCGUGUCACACCAGUGGGCCGCCUCAGAGCAUCCGGAUCCGAGCAUGGAGCAGUUCCGGGUACUCCAGGAUGCUUUGAGAAACAUCAUGUCGGAGCACGCGGUCAUUUCCGGAAACAUUAGCUUCGAGCUCUACGCUGGGCAGCAGGGCAGUCUCUCUGUCCGAGACCUGUUAGCGAAGCCGCUCUUCCUUUGGUACGACUUCUUCUCGUGCCCACAGUCGGCCUCGGCUGAAGUGCCGCGGAAGUUGGCCAUCAGAAGCAUCCCUGCUUACGUGGACAACUGCCAGUUCUUCAUCGUCUUGUGUCCCCACGUGCGUCACAGGGAGCAAGACCUCUUUCUCAAUCGAAGAAGUUGGGAAAGCCGCGGGUGGUGUAGGUUGGAGCGCAUGGCGCAAGAGCUUACGACAAGGGCCGAUGCAUGCUUCUCUGUACAGAUUCAAGGCGCAACUCAUCACGAGGAAACGCCACCCUUUGGACGGGAGAAGGCCCCUGUGGGCCUGGGGCAUUUCACGGUGGAGUCAGACCGGAAUAUGAUCGCACCGGUGCUGCAAAGUAUGGUGCGCAGGAAGCUGCAUUCCUACCUGAAUAAGGCUGAUUUCCACAACUACCGCGUCAUGCUGAACUUGCAGAAAGUGCACUACAGGGGUCUUCCCCUCGAUCCGAUUGAUGACUUGGUGCCAGGGUUUGAGUCCGACACCCAGGAUCCAGCAGCCUUCGCCACCGAAGUCUUCAUGUACCAAAACGGAUUUCAAUCCGUGGAUCAGCGCACCGACGAAGGCUGGACUCCCAUCUGCUUUGCUGCGGUGGAUGGGUCUCCACUCAUCAUCUCACACCUCCUGGAGAUGCGCGCGAAUGUGGACGAUCGUUUGGAGAACGCCGAGCCAUCGAGCACCUUCGGACAGCAAGCUCACUUGCUCCACCUCUGCGCCUUCCUGAUGCAUAACGACGCCCUGCGUGUCUUGCUGAGCCACAGAGCCGGGCUCACCACUCAAGACAGGUAUGGGGCGACGGCUCUGCAUUGGGCCGCCUUUGCUGACAACGUGGAUGGCAUCAGCGUCCUGCUCGAAGCCGGCUGUGAUCCGAUGGCGUGCAAUAUUCUGGAUGCGACCGCUUUCAGGGUAGCAAGUCUUGCAGGCUCCAUCGCAAGUAUGAAGGCGCUUCUGCCCUUCAGCCCCUGGCAAGAGUUGGACCUUGCCCUUCAUGAUGCCCUGCUGCAUGGGGCCGGAACUGCAGACGUUGUGUCGACUUUGAUCGCCAUGGGGGCAGAUGUAAACAACCAGUUGGCUACGCCUUUGUUGAGCCCGCUGGGUAUUUGGUUCGGGUGCCUCAGCCUGCGACACCACUGGAGCGAAUCAAAGCUCAGUGCUUACGCCUACCAUCACUACAGCGCUACUCCUCUCAUGUGCAGCAUCAUCACGCAUGCAUAUGAAGCAACAGCUGUGUUGCUAGCAGUCGGUGCACGAGAAGACCUGCGAAAUUCACGCGGGCGUACAGCAAUGGAUCUGGCCAUUGAGAUGAGGGCUCCGGAGUACAUCGUAUCGGCCUUGCGAGAUUCCCACGGCGCGCGGGCUAAGCUCCUGCGGGGCGUGGCCUGCAUAGCGGCGGUGGCCUCUGAAGUCCUUUCAACGACAAUGUAG